CAGAACGUUCUGAAGAAAGGGACCUGAAGAGACCAGAGACACGUUAAUCCAGAACCGUCUGAUCGGGACCGGAAGAAGAGACCAAAGACAUAACUCAGUUAGUACAGAACCGUCCAACCCGCAGACCGUCACGUUACAGCACCUUGAAAACCAGGAAGUUGAACUUGGUGGCGUCGUGGCUGCUGUUGUAGUUGACGGAUGGCGACGCAUCGGCGACUAAAACAGUGACCGAGUGGUUCCUCCUCACCAGCUCCUCCAUGAUGCUCCGCAUGUUCAACCAAUGGCUGUACUCGCCUGGAAAUACCAAAACAUGGCCGCCGUGAGCCGGAGUGUACGGAAAGAGGAAGAAGAGGGCGGGGGGAAGAAGAAGAAGAAGGCGAAACGGAGAAACGUGCAUCACGAGUCCAGCAACAAAACUGACCCUGUUAGAGUUUGACAAACGUUCUGCCUCAGAGACAGAAACAAGCAGAAACUCUGCCAACAUAAAACCUGCAGAUCCAAAGUCCACACUGGUCAGAGGUCAGUUGAGGAGCUGCACUCUGAUUGGACCUCGCAGCGGACUCCCCCUGCUAGACCAAUCACUUUACUGACACGGAUCCCAGUGUCUCACAGGCUCCAAUCAUACCUUCACAGUCUUCGCCAUGCUCACUCAACCGCUGAACCUGAGUGACAGUGAGAGGGGGCGGGGCCUGCCCGCCGUGACCCCACCCCCUGGCCUCCCACUGGCUGGUGAGGAGGAGACGCAGACAGGUGCGACUGCCUCCUCCUGCAGCCCCGCCCACCUCCCACAUGUUCCCACCUCCUCUUCAUCUUCAGACAGCGAGGACUCACCCACGCCUCCUCUCUCCUCUAGUUUGAGCCAAUCAGAGCAGAGUUGGAGGAGCAGAGGGGAGGAGGAGGGGGAGUGGAGGGGGAGGAAAAGGAGGAGGAAGAACCACAGAGGAAGAGAGACACGUGUUCUUCCAGGACACACAGAAGAAGAAGAUGAAGAAGAGGAGGAUGCUGGGAGAUUUGUGGGGCGGAUGGCGGUCUCCUGCGGGGGAGGUGGAGGAACAGAGGAGGAGGCGCCACUCACUCUACGCAACUUUAACCACAGGAAACACAAAAGAAGAGAGGGGGGCGGAGCCAGCCAAUUAGAGAAGGCCGUUAGUGUCAUCAGGCAGAAGAACGGUUACAGAGCGCCGCUGCUGGCGCACAGCGUCUCUGCCUCCUCUUCCCAGCAUGCAUUGCACCUCCUAGAGCCAGCCCACAGUGGUCAGACCUGCGGCCAGUCAGAAUUACUGAGAGUCUCUUCAGGCCAAUGGUGUUUCUCUGACUUCAUCCCGCCCCUCUCCUCCAAUCACAGUGCUGUCCACCUAUGGCUCUACCCCUCCUCCUUUAGCCCCGCCCCCAUGCUGAGGCUAUCAGCUGUUGCCAUGGAGACGAUGUGCGAGUCAGUUGUGGGCGGAGCUUGCGGUGGUCUUCUGCGGCCCCUGAAGGACUGGACGGCCCCGCCCAGUCUCAGCAGCGACCACUGCUACGUGCGGACGUCUUCGUCCAGCCCGACGUUUCCCGCCCGGCGACAGCAGAAGCAGCGGGCCAAUCACAGCACCCGGAGCAUCCUCUUACCCCAGCGAUGGCCCCUCUCCCUCCCCCCGUGUCCAGCCAAUGGGCUGUCUGCUCCGCUCCCCGCUGGCCAAUCAGCAGCGGGUUCUGAGUUCCUCAGCACAAACGGAGAGCGGGGCAAACGAGUCUCUCAGAUACGAAUCCGCCGCGCAUCGCCACGGGAAACGCCGCUCACACCGAUGGGACUGCCAAAGGUCAAAAGGUUAAAGAAGAAAGAGUUCAGUCUGGAGGAGAUUUACACUAACAAGAACUACAAAUCCCCCACCACCAACAGGAGCCUGGAGACGAUCUUCGAGGAGCCGAGGGAGAAGGAUGGAGCGCUGCUCCUGAUUGGCCAGCAGAGGAGGCGCAGGCUCCUCCUCUUCCCUGACUUCACUCAGCCCAGGAAGAGGAAGAGGCUGCAAGGGGCCGGACUUCCUGUCCCCAUGGUGCCCAGGAAACGGGCGGUGGCUCGGCGACACUGUCACGGCGGCAGCCGCGGCGAAGACGACUCGGACCUGGACGUGAUGCUGGUGGAGCGACUGAGCGCGCUCGAAGACUUCCUGACACGGCAGGGCCUCGACGUGUGAGAAUUGACAUCACUUCCUGUCAGCUGAAUAAAGGCCAAAUAAACAGAGCUGCUAGCGUGCCCGCUACGUUACCGUGGUAACGCCACAGGGGUAUUUUUUUGCAGUGUACUUAAUGUUUUUUGUUUGAUUUUUUACAGUGUAGGCUGCAUAAUGUGAAUUUACCGAAAUAUUUAAUAGUUUUUUUACAGUGUGGAUGAUGUAGAACAGGUGGAGCUGAGGCCACGCCCACAGCAGGGCACAGGUGGAGCUGAGGCCACGACCACAGCAGGGCACAGGUGGCUGGUUUUAUUUUUGUUAUUAAAAUAUCAAAAGACUUCACUGUAGUACUGCCUGAGUACUGUGUAGUAUUCUGUGAAGUAUUUGGAGUUUUUAAAGUGUAAUAUAUAUUUCUGCUGAAAAUGUCUAUUUUUGGAACAAAUAAAGUUUGUUUCUGCUCAAA